CUUCGGUGGAUUGAGAUGUGUUAAAAAAAACGGUUAAGGUUGUCAACAAAUAUCGUUGUACUAACAAAUGCUCGAGUUUUGUUGCGUGGUUCAAGUUCGUUCCUGUUUUUAAUGACAGUUCUCCACUGAACCUUUGAUACAAACAAAAGCGCUGUUUUGUCGUGACAACUCUCAGCUCGGCCUUUGUGCGUUAAGGGGCUAAAACAUAAAGCAGCUAAGCUAGCUAGCAUUCGCCGCCCGGAUGCGGUGAAAGCGCCUGGGGAAGCAAACGGCAGCGCGGCUUUUUGCUACAGACGGACCUCGAGAAGGAAUCCAGAGGCGGUUUGAAAGAUGUCAGGCUGUCGGCAACAGCAACAACAUCCUGGUGGUGCUUCGGGAUCAGUACCGGGGACGAGCUCUGGAAGCACGGCGUCUGCUAAUGUUGCUAAUAGUGGUGGGAGCAGCGCUAAUGCUAAUGGCAAUGGCAUUUCUUCACGAAGUCUCGGAUCCGGGAACGAGGUGCAGCUACUGGGCGCACAGAGACCCAGUUUAUCCGGCUCCAACUAUAGCAAGAAAAGACCUCUCUGUAACGGUCUUAUUAAUCCAUAUGAAGACAAGAGUAAUGAUUUUGUGUGUCCCAUAUGUUUUGACAUGAUAGAGGAAGCUCAUAUGACUAAAUGUGGUCACAGUUUCUGUUACAAAUGUAUACGACGGAGUUUAGAGGACAGCAACAGGUGCCCGAAAUGCAAUUACAUUAUUGACAACGUGGAUCAGCUGUACCCCAACUUCUUAGUUAAUGAGCUGAUCCUUAAGCAGAAACAGAGAUCUGAAGAUAAGCGACUGAAACGGGACCACCCCAAUGGAACCAAGUGGCAGUUUUUCCAAGAUGUUCUUGGCACAGACCAGGAGCAUCUGGAUUUAGCAAAUGUCAACUAUAUGUUAGAACUGCUGGUGCAGAAAAAGAAGCAGCUUGAAGCGGAAUCGCAAGCAGCUCAGCGUCAAAUCCUAAUGGAAUUCUUGAAAGAAGCCAGGAGGAAUAAGAGAGAGCAACUGGAGCAAUUACAGAAAGAACUGAACUUUUUGGAAGAGGACAUAAAGAGUGUUCAGGAUAUGAAUGGGCUGUACUCACCAGGGACUGAUAUGGACCCCAAUUUGGACAGCACUGUUCCCCAGUGUGAUGACGCACACUCUCCUGCACCCAGCAGUAGCAUCAUUGAACCCACAGAGUAUAUCCAGGCUCCCCAGUUUGGAGGAAGCACACAGGGUAUAAGACAGACAUCAUACAAUAGCACUCUGGCCUCUCGGAGAAAGAGGCUAACGGCACACUUCGAAGACCUGGAGCAGUGCUACUUUUCCAACAGGAUGUCUAGAAUCACAGAUGACAGCAGAACUGUUAACCAACUGGACGACUUCAUGGAGUGUCUCUCCAAAUUCACACGUUACAAUUCUGUACGCCCUUUGGCCACUCUGUCUUAUGCAAGUGACCUCUACAAUGGUUCUAGUAUUGUUUCUAGCAUUGAGUUUGACCGUGACUGUGAUUAUUUCGCCAUUGCUGGUGUCACCAAGAAAAUUAAAGUUUUUGAGUAUGGAACGGUGAUCCAGGAUGCUGUGGACAUUCAUUAUCCUGUCAACGAAAUGACAUGCAACUCCAAAAUAAGCUGUAUCAGCUGGAGUAGCUACCACAAGAACCUGUUGGCAAGCAGUGACUAUGAGGGAACAGUGAUCCUUUGGGACGGGUUUACAGGCCAGAGGUCAAAAGUUUAUCAGGAGCACGAGAAGAGAUGUUGGAGUGUUGAUUUCAACCUUAUGGAUCCCAAACUUUUGGCUUCAGGCUCAGAUGAUGCAAAAGUCAAGUUGUGGUCCACGAACUUGGAUAACUCCGUUGCCAGCAUUGAAGCCAAAGCCAAUGUGUGCUGUGUCAAAUUCAGCCCAACAUCUAGGUAUCACCUUGCAUUUGGCUGUGCAGACCACUGUGUCCACUACUAUGAUUUGCGGAACACUAAGCAACCCAUCAUGGUAUUCAAAGGUCACCGGAAGGCUGUGUCCUAUGCCAAGUUUGUCAAUGGAGAAGAGAUUGUCUCUGCCUCCACAGACAGCCAGCUAAAGCUGUGGAAUGUGAACAAGCCCCACUGCCUGCGCUCUUUCAAAGGCCAUAUUAAUGAGAAGAACUUUGUAGGUUUGGCCUCCAAUGGAGACUAUGUAGCAUGUGGAAGUGAGAACAACUCCCUAUAUCUCUACUACAAAGGGCUCUCCAAAACAUUGCUGACCUUCAAGUUUGACACUGUGAAGAGCGUUCUGGACAAGGACAAGAAGGAGGACGACACUAACGAGUUUGUCAGUGCCGUAUGCUGGCGGGCUUUACCAGAUGGGGAGUCCAAUGUGCUGAUUGCAGCCAACAGUCAAGGAACAAUCAAGGUACUCGAGCUAAUUUGAAGAUCCAGUAAAAACAAUCAGGGCAUUUUGUCAAACCAGAGGAAUAUUGCUAAUGGAUUGUGACUGAGCACAAAAGGAAGGGAAAAAAAAAAAAAGACCUCUGGAUUCUUAAUGACGUUUUCAAAGACAUGUGCUCCGGUAUCAGGACUGUUUGAGACUUCCAGGGAAUAGAUGUGGACAUUUUAUAAUGGAAAAGGAAAUGGUGAUUCUCCUUCUAAAAGCCUCUUUUGGAAUAAAAUGCUUAAUUACAGGCAUGAAUAAACAAAGACUGAGCCUUCAGUAGAGGCAAAUGUGACAAGCUAGAGCUAUGUGAGUACAAAGCCAAAGCACAAGACCAGAACACAAUGAAAUGCUUUUUGUUGUACAAAUAAUCAAUUGCCAUAUAAUUUUGAGCCUGUAGUAUCCAUAUAUUCUUUCAUUUGAUAGAGUGUCUGUCAAUAAAAUUUCCACUCUGUUUGGACAAUGCCGCUGGACUCUCCAAAAUAAUCACAGGGCCUUCUUCAGUUUAUGUUGCCUAUGUCAAGGGACCUCAAGACAUGGCUGCCUCAUGCAAAUAAGGCAGAUUUCCUUUAAAAUGCUUUGUAAGUCAUGUGGAAAAGAUACUAAAUUGAUUUUUUUUAACUUUGUCAUUAGUUGCCAUGACUUUCUUAUUCCUUUCCCCCUAGUGGACACUAGGGAUGAGUAAGAUGAUGUUAUGACACUAUGUAUUCUCUAUAGGGAUUAUUUAACAGUCACCCAAAAACAUUGCUGCUCUUUUUAUCAUUAAAAUUCUGUACAAGUAUUAUUUAUUUUUGUAAUUUAUAGAAUUUUUGUCAACUUCACAACCAAUUGUAGGUUUUUUUUUUUUUUUUUGAGCUUGGACUUCUGUUGCAUCCCAAUAAUUCCCUUUAUUGUGUACCCAUUCUAUGAUUUUAACCAUUCAUUUGAAUGAAUAAAUGAUUAUCUUUGCAUUGAUUUA